GCCGGGACUGCGAUCGGUGCGGCCACGACAGCAGAGCUUCCCAACUUCAUCCAUGUUCCUCCUACCGCUACUCGUUCUCUUCCUUCCGUUCUGUCUCGCUCUCGCAAAGGACCCUCGCGAGGAGCUCAUCAGACUAGCGGCUGCCAACAAUGGCGUCAUUAAGCUCGAUGAACGAACCUACGAUCUCCUGACCAGUUCAAAGCGUAACUGGUCUGCAGCGAUUCAAUUCACUGCCUUGGACAAGAGGCGAAGAUGCGCACCAUGCAAAGAAUUCGAUCCUGCUUUCAAUGAGGUUGCAAAGGCCUGGCAAAAGGUUCCCGCUGCAGAACGCGACUCACACUUCUUUGGCACAUUGGAUUUCGAUGAUGGGGUGAAGGUCUUCCAGAAGCUCGGGAUGCAAUCAGCUCCCGCUGUCCAUGUGUACCCCGCUACAGAAGGCCCCCGUAGACCUGCAAGUGGACGAGUGUCCCCUUCGACUUAUGACUUCAGCUUUGGUUUCGAGGCCGGACCUCUAGCGGAGUCUCUGUCCCAUCACACGCCCGUACCUAUUCCGUACCAAGCACCCAUUGACUGGGCUCGCUGGGGAGCAAUGACAGGCAUUACACUUAUAGCCGCCGCAACCUUACGUUUCAUUUACCCCGUCCUGAAAUCACGAUGGACUUGGGCCGCCGGCACCAUUUUGACGUCUCUCGUGAUGACGUCCGGUUACAUGUUUACUCGAAUUCGUGGUACUCCCAUGAGCGGACCCAAUGGGCAGUGGAUCGCUCCAGGAUAUCAGAACCAAUUUGGUCAAGAAACUCAGGUGGUUGCGAUGAUAUAUGGGCUUCUGGCGUCAGCCUUUCUCAUGCUCACCAUCGUCACUCCUUACACGUCUUCACCAAAGCGUCAGAGAGCGCAGGUUUACUUGUGGUCGAUCGUCAUAUUUAUCAUGUACUCUGUCCUCCUGUCACUCUUCAGAGUGAAGAACAGAGGCUACCCAUUCAAACUCUUAUUGUAAAUGUAGAUAUUCCCAAUAUUCCCCAUCGGGACCUGGACAUUUAUAAUUGCAUAUCAUUUUGGCGUGAUCGCAUCACUACUGAGAGAUCAAAUUCCAAACCAAAUCCAAGUGUAUACUGCAAGUUGAAGGUAAAAGCGGCAAUGCGAAUAGAUACAAUAAUGACAAAAGUUGUCCAAAUGCGAGCAGUAACAUAAGAAAAUCUACGUUCAAGCUGCACCUUGCUGCUGGAACACGUCUACAUAGCGAUUCCGAAUGUUCCGUUUCGUUUGCGCUUUCAGUCGAGCGCUGGGUGGGCCGUUCAACCCAGGUGUCAGUGGACCAGCCAUCGGUGUCAAUGGUGACAUCGUGGACGCAGCAGGAGUUGUAGGUGCCGAAGCGGUCUCCACAGGGACAAGAUUUGAGCGUACGCGCAUCGGAGGCUUCUUUGGAGGUUCGCUCAGAUCUAUUGCGGUAGCUGGUCUGGCAGGAGGUGGAGGUCCUGGCGAAGGACCAUGUUGGACUCUCG